GUGUGAUGGAAGCAAAAGAGGAGGUAGGAACAAUGGAAGCUAGUGCCGAAGCAAGUUAGAUUCUCAUCUUUGGUGGAACUGGAUACAUAGGAAAAUAUAUGGUCAAGGCAAGCAUCAAGUAUGGACAUCAAACUUUCGUUGACACCCGUCCUAUCACCCCUCAAUCCAAUCCAGACAAGGUAAACCUGCACAAGGAGUUCGAAUCCAUUGGCGUUACCAUCAUCCAGGGAGAGUUGGACGAACAUGAUAAGAUCGUGGAUGCAGUUCGUCGAGUAGAUGUGGUUAUCUCAGCGUUACCAUUCCCCCAGGUUCCUGAUCAGGUUAACAUAAUUGAAGCCAUUAAAGGUGGCAACAUAAAGAGGUUCCUUCCGUCGGAGUUCGGGGUUGAAGAGGACAGAGUGACUACUCUCCCUCCUUUCGAAGCUUGUUUAGACAAAAAGCGAAAGAUCAGAAGGGUAGUGGAAGCAGCUGGGAUCCCUUACACCUAUGUAUCUGCAAAUUGUUUUGCUGCAUACUUUGUGAAUUACUUGCUUCGUCCACAUGAAGAGCAUGAGGAUGUAGUUGUCUAUGGAUCCGGGAAAGCCAAGGCACUGUUGAACUAUGAAGAAGAUGUGGCGGAGUACACAUUCAAAGUAGCAAAUGACCCAAGAACAUGCAACCGAAUAGUAAUCUAUCAGAUGCCCAAAAAUAUAGUGUCCCAGCUUGAAUUGAUUGCUUUGUGGGAGAAGAAAACAGGUAGGAGUUUCAAGAGGAUUCAUGUACAUGAGGAAGAACUGGUGAAACUCUCAGAGACCUUACCAUUUCCAGAUAAUAUACCAGUGUCCAUCCUUCACUCCUUAUUUGUAAAGGGUGAUCUUCUCAACUAUGAGCUUGGGGAGAAUGAUCUUGAGGCUUCCAGCCUAUAUCCUGAUCAUGAGUACACCACCAUUGAUCAACUUCUUGAUGUUUUUCUCGUUGAUCCCCCGAAACCUGCUUUUGCUGCAUUUUGAAUGGGACUUUGAAUCAGAAAACGGAGCAAUUAGUAUUAUCAGAAAACGGAGUAAGAAAAAGGAUUUUAUUUUAUCUAGAAAAAGGCAGCAAUAAAAUGGUCUACGGUUCUGAAUAAAAAUCUUCUGUUCUCAA